GCGGCCAAGCAGCUAUAUCCAGUCCUACUGCUGGAACUUUCAUGGAAGUACCCACAGAUCGGAAUACUCUUUUGUUGAGACCAGUAAAAGCCAUCCCAAACAGGACUCCCCUUUUUUAUCAAGUGCUUAUCUUUUGGGGUGUUUAUUAUUUUCUUUGGAAGAUCAAUUCUGAUAACUUCUUACACCUCUGGAAUGCUUAACAGGAUUGCAUGGAUCCAUUCUCUCAUCAUUUGAUAUGCAGAGCUCUUGAUUGAUCUUGAAGCUUAUAAACGAUACCCAAGAUUAGAAAAAUCCAGUGCGUUUCCACCCUAAAACCAUGACUGACUGGGGUUUUCUCAGCCAACUCUUCGGGUCCUUGCAGGCGCACUCGCCCAUGCUGGGUCGUGUCUGGCUGCUCCUCAUGCUGGUCUUCAGAAUGCUGAUCCUCGGUACAGUGGCCAGUGACAUGUUUGAUGAUGAGCAAGAGGAGUUUACGUGCAACACCUUGCAGCCAGGAUGCAAGCAAGUCUGCUUCGACAAUGCCUUCCCCAUCUCCCAAUAUCGCUUCUGGGUCUUCCACAUUGUGCUCAUCUCCACUCCUGCUCUAGUGUUCUUCAUGUACGCCAUGCAUCACCACAAAAAGCGCCAGGACCUCCUGCAAGACUCCACGAUCAACAUUCUGGAAGCAAAGCAGGACCUCCAUCUCAAGCGUCUCUACCUAGUCAACGUGGCCUUCCGGAUGAUAUCCGAAGUGGGUUUCCUGAUCGGACAGUGGACGCUGUAUGGCUUUCAUGUCAAGGCUCAGUUCCCCUGCAGUCGCUUUCCUUGUCCCCACACUGUGGACUGUUUCACUUCCAGACCCAUGGAGAAGACAGUCUUCCUGCUCUUCUAUUUUGUCAUCGGAAUUCUUUCGGUCAUAUCCAGCCUGGCUGAGAUUAUUCAUGUCAUCUUCAAGUGGUUCAUGAAGAGCAGCAACGGGUUAAACUCCUUGUUUAGGGAUGAGCUUGAACUUCAGGAAGAGCCCAGGAACAAGCAUCUCACACCGAAUGAGAGGAACCAAGCAAAGCCGGACAGAACCAGGAAGCUAUACGGUUCCAUGGAAAGACCAGGACUGGUAGACCAAGAACCAACAGUGAGUCAAAGAAAUUUAGUAUCCGAUGCAAAAGCCUUGAAGAAAUCCAUGAUCAGAAGAAUGCUGAACUGAUAGUCUGAGGACCAGCAGGUUAAAAAAAAAAAAAAAACCAAGCCCAAAUGCACUGAAUGUAAGCAUGACGUUUAUAAUAAUUAUAUAGUCCCUGGAUUCUUUCUGUAGGAAAUGUUUAAUUUAUUUAUCAUCUAUGGAAAGAGACUCUUUCAAGUAUCAAAGUUUUUAAUAGUCAGAUGUAAUCUCUUCUGAAACACAAGCCUUUAAGGCCUUAUUUUAAAUUAGGCU